AUGACCGUCCACGUCGCAUCAACAACGUACAUGAAAGCGUACAUGAAAGGGUCUCCCAUGUCGCUGAUUUGCUUCAAGAAUGGAGUUGGAGCUUCCCUCAGCUCGUCAAAUACUGGAUCGAUCACAAUAAUGGCGCCAGAGGAAAGCGACGUACAAACAAAAAAAUUGGGUAUCCUACGCACCUUGUUUACGGACGACUCGGGGGCCAUCAUCAAAGAUAUAAGAGAUGAUCCUAUCAUGGUCGAUAUUAUGGACGUUGCGAUAGAAUAUUUAGUCCAGGAAAUACGCGCAGAAUUUGGUGAGCUACGGCGGCUGUCUACAUUCGGCCAGUGGAAGGCCGACGAGGAUGUCAGGCAACUAGACAUGUCAAUGAUGGGAAAAGAGCUCUCUGAGCAUGCGCCACUAUUUACGAACCUGAUGACCGAACUAGCCUGCAACACCAAUGCCAGAAGCAACGGCUACGUACGCAAGGAAGAGGAGAGCUAUCUGGUGAUGCUGGCAUCGAUCUUGCUGCUGAAAUCAUCCCGGAACACCACAAAUCGCUUUGCACGUAUGCUGGGAUUCUAUCUCCAACCUAGGCUCAGGAAUUAA